AAUCCUCGCCGCCAGCCAGCACGCGUACAAGGGUACCUUCAACCCCCAACUAUAAAAGCCACUCAUCGCCAUCAGCGCAAGCAUUCGUAAGCACGGGAGACAAGCACCGAGAGCAAAACACAAGCAUCACAAAGAGAAAGAGAGAGAGAGAGAGAGAGAGAGAGAGAGAGAGAGAGAGCAGGGGAGAACUGAGACUGGCAGAGGCUUGGGGAGGCUAAGAGAAUUCGGUUGCCUGCGAGUGUUAUAGCGGGGAAGAGCGGCGGGACCAGCAUCAGACUGUGCGAAUCGUGAGCCGAUCAUCGAACAUGUUCAAUAGAUACUGUAAUUUCAUCAAGCCGGCGAUGCAAAGCGGAGUGGUAUUCGGUUUGCUUCUGCUCGUCACAACAGCGAACGCCAUCGAUCUAGGCCGCCUCUACCACCACCGCAACGGCAUCGCCAAGAAGUCCUUCGACAACCUAUUGAACAUGUAUCGGCAGUCGUACGCGGAGGGCAAGCGCGGCGAUGGAACGUUUGGUUGUCCACCAAUCAAACCCUUCAGCUGCCCUGGAAAUUCGGAGGUCUGCCUCCCACUGCAAUACAUUUGCGAUGGGUCGCCCGAUUGUCCCGACGGCUACGAUGAAGGCAUCAAGUUGUGUACCGCCGCGCUGCGCCCUCCAGUGGACGAAAUUGUGGAUUUCCUCAGACAUUUGGUUCAGCAAAAUGGCAUCGAGUUCCUUACAAAGCUGUUCGGGGAGAAGGCAGAGGUUGCGUUGGAGGCACAUGGCGGAGUCGAAAAGGUGGCCGUAGCACUGUCAGAAAGCAAAACUGCCGAGGACUUUGGUCACGUGAUGCACCUCCUGACCUCUGACAUACAGCACCUGCGCGAGGUGAUGCUGGCCGUGGAGAAUGGAAAUACGAAACUCUUGCUCGAGAUGGGAAUUCAGGCGUCGGCUAUCGGCGACGUUAAGUUCUUCCUUGACAAGCUUGUCGAGACGGGAUUCUUGAACCGUAGCUAAUUUAAAGUCAAUGGAUCGUGUAUCAUGAAUCUAAAUGACGUUGGGGAACUUUGCGAAACCCCGCUAGCCUACGGUUGUUUUGAAAUUCCAUUUGCGCUGGGGCGGAAUGCAUCGGAUUAAUAUCAGCUUCGCAUUCACGUUGGCUAUUGAGCCGGAUGGAUUACCCGACCCUUCAUCACGCCAAAUAUGUUUAAAGAAGUAAUGCCCAUUCUAUAACAUGAGCGAGGUCUGCGACUGUUCCAACUAACGUUUAACGAGAAAGUAAACAAUAAUAGUCAGCUCCCAUUUUCAUAUUAUUAAAAUGUCUCUCUCACAGAUUGUCUGAAAACGGUAAAUCUAAUAUUUCUAUCUGAAUCAAUGCGGAAACGUUCUACUAAACUAUAGUGUUUACGCUAAUAGUGGUUAUAGCUUUAUCAGCAUUGCAAUGUUAUCUAUGUCAUUCAAUGAAAUAAUCGCGAAUAUGUAAUGUACGCAAAACAUUAUUUAUGUUAGUCUAUUUGUAUGUAAUUCAUAGAACUAGACAUUAUAUUAUUUUAUAUUACCACGAUUGGGGCUAAUAUGCAUCGUCAUUGCCACACUCCGAAAUGAGUACACGUCGGGUUUACUAUAACACAUUCUUCUUCUAACAGUUUUUUGCUCGACCCUCAAUGUCAUGAAUAAAUAUAAUUAUUUGAUGUGUAAUAAAAAGAGCUAAUUUUUAUCAUAUCUGAAUA